CUCAGCGGCAGACUCGCUUCUCUCUCUCUACAGCUCCCACAGCCGUCUCACUUUUCAUGUAGUCCACACUGAGCUCUCGUGAUCUCGCAACUUCAGCUUUUACUGCACGGUUUUGCCAGUGAUUUCACGGUUGCUAAUCGUUUCUCGUGCACUCCCUUUUUUCACAUCAUUUCGCUCCUCUGGCCACUUUCAUCAUUUAUGCUGCCGGCAGUCGGUGGGCUACUUCUCUAGUUGACCUUUUAAACGGAAAUAGUUUUAAUGAGAUGCAAAUUGCUUUGCGGUUGACUUCGAUGUUGCGCGGUAUACUUUUACAGAAGUUUCUUCAGUUUCAAUCUAACAUUUUCCCCUGCCGCAUCCUGGCGCGAGGUUGCGUGCAGCGCGCGACGGAUUAAAUGGAUUAAUUAUCACAUCUUCACAUCAGUUUUCACACAACUGGCGUGUACUCGUUUGUUUGGAGGCUUCUCUCUCUCUAAGGGGUUUUAAAAAUGAGCGAAAUAAACACCGAGGAGGACAGUAAACAAGAAAACGGCGACCUCAGCAGCAAGGACUCGGACCGUCAGCUUCGCCUGAGACUGUGCGUUUUAAACGAGAUAUUGAACACUGAACGGGAUUACGUGAGAAACUUGGCAUUUCUGCAGUCGGCUUUUCUCCAGAGAAUAAGGCAGACUGCAGAAAACCAACAAUGUCUCACUCCAGAGCAGGUCAAGAUCUUGUUUUCCAACAUUGAGUUCAUUUUGGAAGUCCAUUAUGAGUUUCUUUACACUCUGGAUGCCAGUUUGCAGCCUGAACCCCAAGCACACCAUUCUCUUGGACAUGUGUUCCUCAAGUUUAGGGACCGUUUCUCUGUGUAUGGCGAGUACUGUAGUAACCAUGAGAAAGCACUCAGACUACUGAUGGAGCUUAACAAGAUCCCUCACGUACGGACUUUCCUGCUGCACCUCAUGUUGUUAGGAGGUAAGAAGAGCACAGAUGUUCCUCUUGAGGGGUAUCUCCUCUCUCCCAUUCAGAGGAUCUGUAAAUACCCUUUGCUACUGAAGGAACUUUUGAAGAGGACUUCUAAGAAGCAUUCAGAUUACCCCGCAGUAGAGGAGGCCCUGCAGGCCAUGAAAGCCGUGUGCUGCAACAUCAACGAGACCAAGCGACAGAUGGAGAAACUAGAGGCUCUUGAGAUAUUACAGUCACACAUAGAGGGCUGGGAGGGGACGAACUUGACUGAUAUAUGCACUGAACUGUUACUCCAAGGCAACCUUUUGAAGAUAUCAGCUGGAAACAUCCAGGAACGGGUCUUUUUCCUGUUUGACAACCUCCUAGUCUACGGCAAGAGGAAGUCCCGAGUGUCUGGGAAGAAAUCCACCAAAAGGACAAAAUCCAUCAACGGGCCGCAGUACGUGUUCAGAGGCCGCAUCAACACGGAGGUCAUGGAGGUCGAGAAUGUGGAAGACGGAACUGCGGACUAUCACAGUAACAACUACACAGUGACCAAUGGCUGGAAGAUUCACAACACAGCCAAAAACAAGUGGUUUGUGUGCAUGGCCAAGAACGCUGAGGAUAAACAGAAAUGGCUAGACGCCAUUUUAAAGGAACGUGAACAGAGAGAGAGUUUGAAGCUUGGGAUGGAACGUGAUGCCUACGUCAUGAUCGCAGAGAAGGGAGAGAAGCUCUACCAUAUGAUGAUGACCAAAAGCCGCCACCUCAUCAAAGACCGCCGCAGGAAACUCACCAUUGUACCCAAGUGCUUCUUGGGAAAUGAGUUUGUCUCAUGGCUUUUGGCGACUGGAGAGAUCAGUAAGGCUGAGGAGGGAAUCAACCUGGGUCAAGCUCUCCUGGAGAACGGCAUCAUCCAUCAUGUGUCAGACAAGCAUCAGUUCAAGAACGAGCAAGUGUUGUAUCGCUUUCGGUAUGAUGACGGCACUUAUAAAGCCAGGAGUGAAAUGGAGGACAUCAUCUCAAAGGGAGUGAGACUUUACUGUCGUCUCCACAGCCUCUUCACACCUGUUAUUAAAGACAGAGAUCAUCAUUUGAAAACCUUCAAAUCUGUCAUACCAGCUAGCAAACUGGUGGAAUGGCUUGUGUCACAGGGUGACAGCACAACCCGUGAAGAUGCAGUGACCCUUGGUGUCGGACUCUGCAAUGCUGGUUUCAUGCACCACGUUCUGGAGAAAAGCGAAUUUAAGGACGAGUCACAGUUUUUCCGCUUCUACGCCGAUGAGGAGACGGAGGGUACGAGCUCGAAGAGUAAACAGCUUCGCAGUGACUUCAAACUCAUCGAGAACAUCCUUGCCAAAUCCUUAGUGAUCCACCCUGAAGAGGAGGACUAUGGGUUUGAGAUCGAAGAGAAGAACAAGGCCAUCGUAGUGAAGAGUGUGACCAGGGGCUCAUAUGCAGAGAUGGCAGGCCUGCAGCCGGGUAGAAAGAUCUACUCCAUUAAUGAGGACCUGGUGUUCCUAAGGCCUUUUUCUGAGGUGGAGACCAUGAUCAACCAGUCCUUCUGUAUACGCCGCUUGCUCAGACUGCUGGUGGCCACCAAGAACAAAGAAAUCAUCCGCUCUGAAACGGCAGCAGCGGGCCUUCAGCCCGGUCAGUGUGUCCUUAAAGUUAACGGCAACAACAUGAACCAGAGCAGCUACCAGGAAGUCCUGGAGCACUUUAGUGGCCAUCAGCCUGUCCUGGAGCAGCAAGACACUGUGAGAAUCAACACUGCAUUGUGCUCUGAAGCGGCAGCAGCGGGCCUUCAGCCCGGUCAGUGUGUCCUUAAAGUCAACGGCAACAACAUGAACCAGAGCAGCUACCAGGAAGUCCUGGAGCACUUUAGUGGCCAUCAGCCUGUCCUGGAGCAGCAAGACACUAGCUGUGGUCAGUGGGCGUACCGUGUGUAUGAGGAUGUGGAAGAGCAGAUGUCUUUUAGGGGGUGUGAGAAUGGCUCAGAUUCAGAGGACGGCUGCACUAAUGGAACAGGCUCUGUAAGAAGGCUGGAACAGUUGUCGAUCUCUGGCGAUGUUGCUUCAGUCAGUCUGAAUGUGGAUAAUGUUCAUGUGGAACAUGGGGUUGUGUACGAGUACGUCAGCACAGCAGGAAUCAAACACUGUGUGCUGGAGAAGAUGGUGGAACCCAAGGGCUGCUUCAACCUUGCGGCAAAGAUACUGGAGGCCUUUGUGAAGGACGACAGUCUGUUUGUGAAGAGCUGCCGACAGCUAAUGGCUCAGAAUGAGAAGGUGGUGACCAUGCCACAGUUUGAGUUUCGAAACAUCUGUGACACCAAGCUGGAGAGCAUAGAAAAACGCAUUUGCAGCUACAAACAGUUUGUGGAGGAAUUGCAGACGAAGGCCUGGCCCACGUUUAAGCAGGCGAGCACUAAACCUCAUGAUCUGGGCUGCAUGGACUUCGUCCCCACCAACUGUCAUCUGAACCUGAUGCAGGUGUCCUGCCCGAAGAACACCUCCUCAUCAAGCCGAGCCUUCAGCAUCCGCUUCGGACGCAAGAACUCCUUCUUUGGCCUUGAUCCUGAUCAAGCCAAUUUGAAUCCCAUGUCCCAUGCCGUGCAUUGUGUGACCAGCAUGGCGGCCCCCUCCUGGAGUUGCCUGAGUUUAGAUGAAGAGACGGAGGAGGGUGAAGGGAGCAUAGAGGACGGCAGGAAGCAUGAAGAGGGAGGUCUCAGCUUCCUCCUCAAACAGGAAGACAUGGAGAGCCAGGAUAAUUACAUCUGCCUCUAUAACCGCCUGGACAUAUCAGUGCGAGAGAUGAAGCAAUAUGUGGCCCAGAUAGAUGUACUACUGUCAUCGAUAACUGGACCAACCCCGCCGCAGGGCUCAGAGCCACCCUCGUUUGAGAGCGCCCCCUCGACCUCUCCCAUACCGGAGGAGACGGACCAAGACAAGACAGAGCAUGGCGGCAACAAGAGAGUGUGCUUUAAAGUCAACGAAGAUGAUCAGGAGGACUCUGGACAUGACACCAUGAGCUACAGAGACUCCUACAGUGAAUGUAACAGUAACCGAGACUCAGUGCUGUCAUACACCAGCGUCCGGAGCAACAGUUCUUACCUGGGCAGUGAUGAGAUGGGCUCAGGAGAUGAGUUGCCAUGUGAUAUGCAGAUUCCUUUUGACAAGCAGGAUAAACUUCAUGGAUGUCUGGAACACCUUUUCAAUCAGGUUGACUCGAUCAACAGUCUCCUGAAGGGCCCUAUCAUGAGCAAAGCCUGUGAGGAAACCAAGCAUUUCCACAACGACCACAGUCAGCCAGAGUUUCGUCACACGGAUGACUGGACUGCACGCUGGCGAUGUGUCUUGCACAAGAAUAUCCAGGAGGACCCUUGGAAUCUGCCCAUUUCAAUCAAAUCUCUAGUCAACAGCCUGCAUCGCUUCGUAGAAGACGGAAGGAGUCAACUCUUGUUGGCGUUGCUUAAAUGCACUGACACAGAACUCCAGUUGCGGCGGGAUGUCAUAUUCUGCCAGUCUCUGGUGGGGGCGCUGUGUGCAUUGGCGGAGCAGCUUGUGAAUGCGCUGAACCUGCGUUUCAACAAUAACGGAGAGUAUGAGGAGGACAGUAAAGAGGUCAGCCGGAAAUGGCUGGAGCAGAUCGCCACCAUUGGAGUGCUCUUUGACUUCCAGUCAACACUUUCUCCACAUGUGAGAGAAGAGCGAAUCAUGCUGGAAGAUACAAAAGCAGCACUGCAAGAUCUGGAGAAAGUCACCGUGCUGUUCCGCCCACUGGAGAACGAGUGCCUCGUCCAAAACACAGCUGUGCAUUACCAGGUGGAAGGCAGCCGGCAGGCCAUCAGGGUGACAAUGUUCUUGGACAGCUGUCAUUUCAGUGAGCUGCCAACAAGACUGCAGAAUGGAGGCUCUUUGAAGCUUCAAUCAGUCCUCUUCACUAGAGGGCUGGAGAAGCCAGAAGGUGUGUUGUCUCAGGAUUUUGUUGCCAUGGAAGAGUUUCAGCAGCACACAAAUGCUCUGUCACUGGAGAAGGUCAAAGGUUAUUACCGCAAACUCAGGGCUUUUUAUCUGGAGAAAUCAAAUUCAGACUCAAAUUCCACUGCAAUGAAAAUAGACCAGCUCCUCCGGCCGCUUAACACCUUGGAUGACCUCUGUCGGCUCAUGCAGAAGUAUAUGAAUGUAAAACCCAGCUCUGCGGGUCAGCCCUCUGGAGUCAGUGUUCUUGUGGUGUCCUCCGAACUCUGCAACCGGCUGGGAGCCUGUCACAUCACCAUGUGUGCCACUGGGAUGCAGAGAUGUACUCUGACUGUGUCACUGGAGCAGGCCGUUACUCUAUCCAGAAACCACAGCCUCAUGCCCCGCUGCCUAAUGCAGACCAUGGACAUCAUGCGCAAACAGGGCACCAGAGUGGAGAUUUCUGCCAAAAAUCUCAGAGUAAUGGACCAGAUGCCACCGUGUGCUCCCAGGCUCUUCAGGUUGUGUUUACCCCCCUCCGAUGGAGAUCUUUGAAUGAGGUGAUGUCUGUCUCUCAGACCUUCUAGAUGCUGGGAGAUAUCAAGACUGGCUUAUCAUUUUGAGACCAUGCCUCAGCACAUCUCAACUCCCGGCCAGCCUCAUCCAGAGAGAACUGGCUGAGGUCAACACGAUGAGAAAUGAGAACUGUCCGACCACUUUUAUCUCCUGCUCUGGCAGCUGAGAAAAUCGCUAAUGCUAACAAUGCUAAUCUUGGCUAGCAGUGUCUGCCCACAUUGCUACAUUGUUUGGUCUCCUAAUGGAUCUGGACUGGCAUGUGAAUGGCUAAAUCUAACUGUAAAAGGUUGUAUUAUCUCUUCCUUUCGCCUCUGACUGCAAUCUUGCGUCAGCAAGUAGGGUGGUUUGGUCUGGAUGGCGACGUUAAGUUCAGAUACGUGGUGAUUAUGUGCAAUUACUGUAGCUUAGCAUGCAUGUGUCUGCACUGUGUCAUGGGAGGUGGUGCCCUCAGAGAGCUGUUGCGAUUCUCUCACUCAUAUCAGGUAUUAUGAAAGUACUGAAAUCAUUCCAGCCUACAUGGAUCAGUUUCAAAAUCGUCAUUGUGUUUAAAAUUCGCUUGAUUCUGUUUAACAACACAAUUUUAUUGUGAAGUUCUAUUAACGGCACAUUUUAAGAAUAAAAGGGAAACAGUUGGAGGCUAUAAGCUUCUCAAACAAUACAAAAACAUAGGCCCGCAUACAAAAUACAAGAUUUCACUGCAAUCAGAAUGUUGAUAUUGAAGGUUGAAACCAUUAUUGAUCAACUGGGAGAAAAAAAAUGGUGUAUAGCACUUUUUAAAAAUGAAUCAGUGCUGUGUUACAGUGCGUGACUAUCCUGGGGUGCUGCUUUGGGCGGCUGUUUGGAAAAGCACAAUAAAAAAUGCUUGUGUUCUUCAGUGUUUAUUAAAAGUACUGUACAUUUUAGAAGAUAAAGAAACGCAACGGUAUCAUGUGAAGAAUCAAUAGAUAUAGUAGGAUUUUAUUGAAGUUUUGUAUUUAGGUAAAUAUAUGUAUGUAUCAGAGGGAUAAGCAUAUUCUCUUUGGGAACAGCAGUGCUAUAAUUUAAAGAGUAUUAAUAAUGUUAAAACAUAUAAUAUUGUACAUCUUUCAUUUUGUAUACUUAGUGUAUAUUUGGAUAGGAAACUUUAUCGUGCUUUUACACAAUGUGUUCGAUAUUUAAUUUUCUAACUUCAGCUGUGUGGUCAGUAACCGAGAAGGCCUGGAAAUUGAACAGUGAUCCUGGAUUAGUUAAGCUAGUAUGUACACUAGUAUGUGAUGGCUUUUGUAACAUGCGAAGUCUGCAUUUCAUUUUAUAUAUAUAUAUAUAGAUAUAUAUAUAUAUAUAUAUAUAUAUAAUUAUACAGUAUAUGUUACCUUCAGUAGUCCUGACAGUUGACCGUAUUUGCUCAAAUUUUAAGGACGCAAACAAAGAUUUGAGUAAAUCUUUAGUGACAAUAAUGCAACAAAGCAUCAUGUCUUAAUGAAAUCUUAAUGAGACGUUCAUUGUGUUUGUAUUGUAGCUUGUAACACGUCACUGUCUGUUACAUAUCAGCAUGGAAGUUAGACGCAGCAACUUAAAACCCAUGAUAAUAUAUUUUAAACAAUACUUGAAUUUAUGCUAAUAAAUAGUGUUUUUUUUCCCCUCCUCGUAUCAGUCUAAAUUGAAGCCUAGUGUUGGUAAAAUGCUGAUUUAUUUUUAAUUGGAUUUUAAAAUUGUAUUUGGUCCUCAAAGCAAAUUGUUUUUAAACUGGAAACAAGUGUUUUUAAUCCACA